CGCUCCAGCCGUGAGGCCUGCUCACCAACUCACCUCUCACCUCUCCCACCCACGCCCUCUCUCCUCACCGCUCCUGCACCACCGCCGCCAUGGACACGGACAUGACAGACGUCGCCUACGACAUCGACAUCGACGUCGGCGCCGGCAGUGAGCAGCCGCAGCCGCAGCACGCGCAACCGGCGACGGCCAUGGAGCAGCCCGGCGCCGACAGCGGCGUGCCGGCGGCGUACUUCGAGGACCUGGAGCCGCAGAAGCCGUGGCCCGAGUCGCUGAACCUGCAGGGCGUGGGCGACUUCGACCCCAACGACCCGCUGUACUACUCGAUGGAGCACUGCGGCGCCGAACCGCGCGUCAAGCAGCUGCGCUGGGUCAGCGACUCGUCGGUCAACCUCGAGUUCUACACGGCCGCCGACGCUGCCCAGGCCCUCGUCGCCCUCACCCACCCGGACGUAGCCAAUCCGGGCGCCCUCAUCGCCCAGGCCGCCCGCCGCGCCAAGCCCUACUCCAAGAAGCCCGACAGCGUGCUCAUGGUGCGCGAGACCAACGCCGGCGACCAGAAGCCAAAGGGCGCCGCUACCCGCAGCAACUACUACCGCACCAACCCGGACGUGGCCGACAACCGCCAGCGGGAGCCGCGCCGCCGCCCGCCGCCCAAGAAGGACUUCCUGGACUACGGCGACCACGACGCGGCCUCGAGGGACCGCCGGAGGAGGAGCACCGGAGACGAGUCGAUGAACGGCGACGCCCAGGGCGACAGGAGGAGACACCACCCCAACACACGCGACGGUCGCGAUGGUCGAGACAGCCGGGACAACAGGGGCCGCGGCGGCAGACUGAGGACCGAGACGGACGCCGGCCGCCUGAGAAACGACGUCGACUCGUACCGGCCCGGCUCCGAAGGCCCCGGCGAAUCGCGCUUCGGCCGCCUGCGCAACCGCAGCGCCUCGCCCGCCUCCAACGACGAAGGCGACGGCCGCUUCGGCUUCGCAGAAGACACGUCCAACGCGCGGCGCCGCUACCGCAGCCGCAGCCACAGCCGCAGCCGCAACCGCCCCACGCGCCGCCACCGCAACCCCAGCGCCGACCGCUGGACCCACGACCGCGCAAACCACGACCGCACCCCUUCCUCCACCACAUCCGCCUUCGACACCUCCCCCAUGGGCAACCACCGCCGCUCCGGCGCAAAAGACGAAACUACCCUCGUCCGCCACGGCGGCUCGCUGCUCGCUCGCAUGACGAAGGAUGGGCGGCCUGUUGCGGCGGGGCUGAAACGCUCGCUUGCUGAUCGGAUUACGCGGGAUCAUGGCAGUAAUGACGAGGGCUUUGGUCGCCUUAAGGGCGAUACUAGCGCGCCUUUUGACUCCGCGUUUGAGGAGCCGAAACCACGCCGUGGUCUCGCGGAUCGGAUUACGCGUGACGAGGGGGAUGUGGAUAUGCAUAUUCGUGGGCGCGGGCAGGAGGGGAUUAAUAUUCGGGGGUCGGCGGGGGCGGGGAGUGGGAGUGCUGCCGGGGGGUUUAAUAUUAGGGGGGUUGCUAGUGGGGCUUAG